CAAGAUCAUCUGAGAAGAUGCCACCCUGAUAAAACAGAGAGAUUUGAAAUACUUUCAAACACUCAAACAUAAAUUUCAGAAGAGACCUACACCGGACAGAAUGUUCGUUUCGACGUCACAAAGAAAUGAUGAUGGUUUGCGGGCGUCUUACAUCUCGUUACUUAUAGCAAAAUCCGGAAAACCGCAUACUAUCGGAGAGAAGUUAAUUUUGCCAGCCGUUGAAGAGGUUUUAAAAAUUGUUUUACACAAACCUGCAUCUGAUAUCAUUAAAAGGAUUCCCUUAAGCAACAAUACUGUUGAAAGACGUAUUGAUGAAAUGAGUUCUGAUAUUGAAAGCUUCUUAUGUAAUUAUUUGCAAACGACCCAUUUCACUAUACAACUGGACGAGACAACUUUACCUGAUAAUGCAGCAUUAUUAUUGGCAUAUGUUCGUUUUAUUAUGAUUCAAGGAAUCUACGAAGAACUGCUCUUCGCAAGAACUUUGAUAACCGACACCAAAGGUGAAUCAAUAUUUCAUGUUUUGAAGGAUUACUUCAUUGAAAAAGCAAUUCUUUUAUCAAAUAUAAUAUCAGUAGCUACAGAUGGAGCACCUGCCAUGGUUGGACGUUAUCGUGGAUUUAUAAGCUAUUUAAAUCAAAAUGUGUCAGGGGUGUUACCAAUACAUUGCGUCAUCCAUCGACAUCAUUUAGUUGCUAAAAAUUUGAGUGUUAGAUUGCAUGAAUCACUUCAUUUAGUCAUUGAUGCAGUAAACCGUUAUUUGCGCAGUUGUGUGAAGAAAAUGACGAACACUUUCAUCAAUUACUCCUUCACACUGAAGUACGCUGGCUGUCGAAAGGCUUAUACUAUUCUUGAAUUUCUGGAUACUAAAGAUAAAAUUUUAAAAGAAAAUUUAACCAAGAGGAAAACAGACAUCGCCUGUUUAACAGAUUUGUUUACAAAAUUUAAUAUGGUUAAUUUGCAAUUACAAGGCGACAGUUUAAAUUUGAUUAAAACAAAGUCCAUCUUAUCAGCGUUUCUUGCCAGAUUCCCCAAUUUGUCACAGACAAGCUGCCAGGAAGACGACGUUUCAACUUACGUUCAACAUUUAAAUGCCCUCUAUUCAGAUUUUGAAUCUAGGUUUGAGGAUAUUUUGACUACGGUAAUACCACCGUGGAUAAUUAAUCCAUAUGGUGACAUAGAAGAAACGAAUGUCAUAAUACAAGAGGAACUGACUGAACUAAGUGCAAACGAAGAACUUAAGGUUCAGUUUAAAAACGGAUGUCGGCAAUUCUGGCUGCAAAACAACGUACCCGUUACUUAUCCCGUAUUAUGGAAUAUAGCGAGGAAAUUUUUAAUUUCCUUUCCAUCGUCAUACCUAGUGGAAAGGGGGUUCAGCGCUACAAGCUGCCAGGAAGACGACGUUUCAACUUACGUUCAACAUUUAAAUGCCCUCUAUUCAGAUUUUGAAUCUAGGUUUGAGGAUAUUUUGACUACGGUAAUACCACCGUGGAUAAUUAAUCCAUAUGGUGACAUAGAAAAAACUAAUGUCAUAAUACAAGAGGAACUGACUGAACUAAGUACAAACGAAGAACUUGAGGUUCAGUUUAAAAACGGAUAUCAGCAAUUCUGGCUGCAAAACAACAUACCCGUUACUUAUCCCGUAUUAUGGAAUAUAGCGAGGAAACUUUUAAUUUCCUUUCCAUCGUCAUACCUAGUGGAAAGGGGGUUCAGCGCUGUUACCAAUCUCCUAACGAAAAAAAGAAACAGACUGGACAUCAUUAGCCAAGGAGAUUUAAGAUUAACCCUUACAAAAUUGACGCCAAAUCUUGAUAAUUUAUUAUUAAAGCAUUAG